GUGAAGAAAAAGGACCCGUUUACACAGCGUAUACACAUCAUUCAUCCUGCCUGUUCCAAUAAAUAAUUAUCGCAAACAUGAUCAAUAAAACAUAAUAUAUUUUAAUAAAAGGCUUUUUUGAAUAUAUAUUACUGGCUUUUAAUGAAUUGAUAACAUAUUGUCCUUUACAAUUCUGCCUCCUCGAAAAAAAAUCUUUUGAGAAGCACUGACAUCAUACUUGAAUUAAUAGAAUUCUUUGAUAUGAUUAGAAUUACAUUAUUUAUUCCAUUUGUUUGAUUAAUCUCAUACUGGUUCCAGCUGAUCUAAUAUUCCCCACAAAGAGAAAAUUCUACCAAAAUCAACGAGCAAGCAAUACAGACUUAUUAAUUAAUGAAAUUAUACCAAUGAAUAUCCAACGCUUUUGCGCCCCAGUAUUUGAAAGCAAGCUAACAUUAGAUUCUAUUUGUUUCGCUUUAUUGUGUUUAUUUCUAUAAUUCUAUUUUAUAAAUUCUCCCAAAUGAGAGAGAACAAAUAUUAAUAUUUUUUCAUAAAAUGUUGAUUGAAUUUUGCGUACACAUUAGACCAUACUCAGUGAUUGUUCUUUGAAGUUAUCUUACUCUCUAUUCUAAAUUUUCAAUAACAACAAGAAAAGCGUCUUUUUGAUUGCGAUUCCGUCGAUAUAACCCCCAGUAAAGCAUCCUGAACUAUAAUAUCACGACGGAGCUCAUGCGAUCAGUGUCUACACGUACAGACAUUGUGAUUUGUAUUUAUGUUGGAUGCGCCGGAUUUUAAUCCCAAUCUUAUUGAAAAUUUAUUCCCCACAAUAAGCCUACAGGCUAUUCAAUCCGGCUUACAUAUAUUUGUCAGAAUCCUCACAAAUUUAAUUGAUCAGGGCAUGAAUCGAAUUUAUUGGCCGCUAACCACCCCGCUAACAUAUUUAUUGCCUCUAAUUGUUCCUGUUUUAUUUGGCUCCAGACUGUAGACGUGGAGUCCGCGGUCUCUUGUCCGAGAAUCGUGGGAGCUCUUUCUGAGUUUAUGUCUCAUCAGCCCUUCAAUUUCCGAGAUUACCAAUUCUUAUACCCAGGCAUCAGAGUGGAAGACCAUGCUCGUAAAUCCCAGAAACAAUCGACCCACACCAGAGUGUGUUAAUUAGUAAAUACUCUCUCUGAUCCUUCUUCACACAGCAGAUACUUCGUGACACGCCGACUGACGGCCAGGAAAUUUGAUGAACUGAGAGUUGACCGUGGAUCUCCAUUGAUCUGACCCGCCACACCAAGUCAAGUGUCCGUCAGACACUCAAGGAAAUGCUGAGGUGGUGUCUGGUCCUUAUUUUACUGGUGCCCCCCGGGGACACUUCCGGAUUUCCCUGUUAUGGAUGCUCGAGGGACAUUUGGAGAAGGAACCCACAGAAGCGACAGCCGCGAGAGGAGGAGUGCCGGCGGCCGUGUAAUUGUCCACUGCGAGUGUUGGACUGUAGCUAUGGGGUGAGCCUGGUCAGGGACGGGUGUGGCUGUUGUAUGAUGUGUGCCCGACAGUCCGGGGACAUCUGUAGCCGGAAGAACCUGUGUGAGCCCUCCAAGAGACUGUACUGUGACAUACCCACGUACUCCUCAGUUGGAGUGUGCAGGGCGGUAAAUGCCAAACCUUGCAUUGUGGAUGGAGUGGAAUACAAAGAUGGCGCCCAGUUUCAGCUUGACUGUCGACGAACCUGUACCUGCCAAAACGGAAACUACGGAUGCGCUGAUCUGUGUCCUCAGGAGCACAUCCCACCAUCAGAUAGGUUUUGCAAGAAUGCCAAACUGGUCAACGUGAGUGGCACGUGCUGCAAGGAAUGGUCCUGUGAACUAUCUAACCUUACUAACAACAAAUCGCCAAGACACGCCAUGUUGAAAAGCGCUAACUUAGUGCUCAUGUCGGAAGAAGCUGUAAAGACAGUUAAUAAAACAAAAAGGGAGCCCGAGUGUUCCCGCGAGUGGUCCCCUUGCUCUGUCACGUGUGGGUACGGUCUGUCGCACAGAUACGGAUCAGAGACUUGUGACGUCAUCAAGGAUACCCGAGUUUGUUACCCCACACCAUGUAACACGUCAACAAUUGAAUGGAACAAAAAGAAGUGCAAGCCUACUUUUCGGAUAACAAAGAAAGAAUACAUUGUUCAGAAUUUUGGGAACCAAACUUGCCACAGUGUCCGGAAGUACAGGUUAAAAUUCUGCAGCACGUGUGCACGAAAUCGAUGCUGUUACCCAUGGAAGACCAGUACGCGCAUGCUCGAGUUUUUGUGCAAUGACAAAAGUUAUAAAUAUUUGAAAUAUUCAUGGACAAAAAGAUGUAAAUGUGACAAGGCAUGCCCGAAGCCGACUUUCCUGAAAAAGUAGCUCUCAAUUUAAACGACAUUUUAAUUUGGAGGCGGUGUUUGGAAUUAUAAUGUUUUCUUUAUUAUGACAACGAAAUAUCUAUUUUUAUAUUUAUUGAAUUAGAUUUUAAGGAAUAAAGAUUCCUUUUAGAAUUAAUUUGUGAACGUUAGGAAUUUUCAAAUUUAAACCGUUAAGUAAACUAAAGUUAAUAAAAUUAUUGGAAAUAUUGUGUCCGUAAUUGUAAUUAUGGCAUUUAAGUCAAUUUUAGGACGAGUUACAUGACAAGUGUACGUCAAUGAAUUACACCUUUUUAUCAAACAUUAUUAAGCAAAAGAAGUAAUGAAUUACAUUAUUUUAAUUUAGAAAUUCAUGUAAAUACUGAUAACAAUAAAUGCACUAAAUAAUAUGAUGAAAGUAAAAUUAAGAGGGAAAACUACAUACAUUAAUUUAAAUUAUAUUUGCCCUUAAAAAUCGCAUGAUGGGGAUAAACAAUUGAAAUGGUUAUUUUCCGCUAAGGUCUUUGUUAAUUUUUGGCUAAUUUUGACAUUGGUAAUCUUUGAGUUGUAUAAAUUAAGAUAUUACUUCACGUAACGCUCCUUUUUUGCGGCAUAAUCUCAAAUCAUCUGUAUUAUGAUUUUAAUCUGAAAGCCUCAGAAAACUCUAAAAAGGUAACAAUUAUAUUUGUAAUACUUUUAAGAUUUUGGUUUUAUAAAAAAGAGUGUUAGUGCAUAGAAUGUUAAAAAUUUCCAGUAAAUUAAGUUUAAAUACAUGCGAUAUUCAUGCAAAAAGAAUCAAAGUAAAAGUAUCUUAUGAGUGCUACAGAUAGUUGUCUAUAUUUGUCAAAAAUGACAUAUGGUUUAAAAAAAAUACAAAAAAAAAAAAAUCUUUGAAUGCUUUGCAAUCCCUAUUUUACUUGACUUGAAUUUUUUUCAGAUUGUACAUAAAUAUUUAUCGAAUACAAAAAGAUUCAAGAAUAUAAAAUGUGACUUAUGUAUUGUCCGUUUUUAUCGUUAUAAAGAUCUUGUGUAUUUUUCUCUAUUUUUCAUAUUUAGUCAAUGUUAUCUUUUGUCUUUGUGUAUUUCCAUUACAUCCUUUGUUUUUAAUGAUAACUCUUGACUGUGUAAGAAAAGGGUGAUUGAUUUAUGACUAAAAUGUACAAAACAUAUAAAUAUCAUGAUUACGAUAAUCAACAUUUGUAUUGUCAUGAUUUCUUUUUUUUGGAAAGGACAAAAUGAAGAAAAGUUAUCACUGUUAAAAUGUUUGUAGACAUUUUGUAUUUUUGUCUCCAAAUUUCAAUAUUUUAAAGAAGUUAUAACUUUUAAUCGAAAGGUUGUCCUUCUUUUAUUAUCAAGAGUUCGUUGUCUUUUUAUUUAGUAAAUUUUGAGUUAUUUUCUAUUAUUUUUCACUUGUGAUACCUACACAAGGACAUUCAUCUGUUAGUUAUUCUUAGUCCAUAUGCUGCCACACGCUGUAAGUAAAGCUGUAUUUUUUGCACAACCAAUUAUACAUUUUCCUGUUUUGUUUAAUAAUUUGUAUGCUUUAUUAAUAAAAUGUUUCAUUCUCUCUAAAAAGUAUGGAAAACCGUUAUUGUCAUAACCAUUAUAAGUGUUUAGAACAAUUUCUUUUCUAUGGAAAGCUGCAAGUGUUUAAACUUCAUAUUUUGUAUCUUACUUUUGGUUUUAUUCUGUUUAUUUUUUGAUUAUUUCAUAACGUAUUAGUAUUAUUUUGUCCGGUACAAUACACUGUUUCUUUGAAUUGGUUAUAUUAUUUGUGAGAGAAGAAAGACUAGAAAAAGACUAGAAAAAGGUGUGGCAGCGACAGACACAAACGAUUGAUGAGGGAAAAAAAAAGAAAAAAAAAACACUGGAGAAAAUUUGAAACAAUCUUGACAAAAUUCGAUGACUCCAGCGUUAAUAUUACAU